GAUAAUAUCCUCUAGACAGAGACACAGAACUGAGGAGUGGUGAUCAUGAGUUCAGUUUGGUCGAUGGCAAACGCAGACUUGAUUAGUUGAUAGAAUGACUGACUUCAAUUUGACAGUUUAGCCUACAGAGCCUCGGCAGACAAACAGAGAAAGAGACGGAGAGAGAGAGAGAGAGAGAGAGAGAGAGAGAGAGAGAGAGAGAGAGAGAGAGAGAGAGAGAGAGAGAGAGAGAGAGAGAGAGAGAGAGAGAGAGAGAGAGAGAGAGAGAGAGAGAGAGAGAGAGAGAGAGAGAGAGAGAGAGAGAGAGAGAGAGAGAGGGAGAGAGGGAGAGAGGGAGAGAGAGAGAAGGGGGUAAGGGUCAUCAUGGCUCCAGUAGAUGUGGUAGACUGGUCUCUAGCCUCGUCCUCUUCAUCCCCUGAGGUCUGCUUCGUCUCUCUCAUCCUCUUCCUCAUCCUCAACAUCACACUCCUCACUGUAUGUAUAAACUGCCGCAGACAAUCAGAUAUUCAGAUGGAUCCUAUAGACGGAGCACAGAUCGAGGCUCAGGAGGAAACUAAAGAUGCAAAGAAGUCCAACAGCAAGAACAAUAAAGGCGCCCAUUUAGCCACAGUUCACACCUUACCUUCAUGGAGGGACCAUAAGAACAUGCCUGAGAGCACACUCCCCUCGACCCUCGCCCGCAACCGGACACUCCCCUCGACCCUCGCCCGCAGCCGGACACUCCCCUUGGACUCCGCCCACAGCCGGACACCCCCCUUGGACUCCGCCCACAGCCAGACGCCCCCUUGGACUCCGCCCACAGCCGGACACCCCCCUUGGACUCAGCCCACAGCAGGACACCCCCCUUGGACUCCGCCCACAGCCGGACACCCCCCUUGGACUCCGCCCACAGCCGGACACCCCCCUUGGACUCCGCCCACAGCCAGAUGUCCACAAUAGAGCUGAAUUGGCUUACUGACUAAAGCACCGCUGGUCUCAACACAGAUACUCACACUACAAGCAGAAACAGGUGUGGUGGUUGGUGUCUAACUGGAUGAUUGUUUCAUUGAUUAAUUGAUUGACUGAUUUAAAUGAUUUGAUCAUUAAAAGUGCAUACAUUAAAGUGCAGUCAAAUACGUGAUUUUCCUUUUUUUUCUAAAUAUAUCCACACUAUGAGGCUGAAAUGACACCCCAACAUUAUAAUAUUGUCCUUUUUGUGUAAGAGCUCUUUGGAGAAAAAAAAACAAUGGACCAAUGAACGUUUAUCGUGUAUUUGCAUCUGAUUAUAAUGGACCAAUGAACAUUCAUCGUGUAUUUGCAUCUGAUUAUAAAGGACCAAUGAACGUUUGUCGUUUAUUUGCAUCUGAUUAUAAUGGACCAAUGAACAUUCAUCGUGUAUUUGCAUCUGAUUAUAAUGGACCAAUGAAGGUUUGUCGUUUAUUUGCAUCUGAUUAUAAUGGACCAAUGAACAUUCAUCGUGUAUUUGCAUCUGAUUAUAAGGGACCAAUGAACAUUCAUCGUGUAUUUGCAUCUGAUUAUAAUGGACCAAUGAACGUU